GCCUGUGAGUGAACUGUCACAACGGCUUAUGCCCAUUUCCAGACAUCGGUGUCAGCCAGGGCCUUCCCUCAGUCUUGUUACACACAGAUGCAGCACAGGCGCUCGGAAAGAUCAGUGUUGAUGUUCAAGAACUACAAGUCAAUUAUUUAACCAUUGUAGGGACACAAGUUCUAUGGGCCUCGUAUUGGAGCUCUUUAUGUACGUGGGAUGGGGCACCAGACACCACUGCUGCCAAUGUUAUUUGGAGGAGGACAAGAGCGCAAUUACAGACCAGGGACAGAAAAUACACCAAUGAUCGCGGGGCUAGGCAAGGCUGCAGAGUUAGUCAGUUUACACUGUACUGUAUAUGAGAGCCACAUGCGAGAUGUACGGGACUAUCUGGAGCAGAGAUUACAGGCUGUAUUUGGUGACAGGAUCCGAUUUAAUUCUCGCUUCCCUGGCACAAAACGCCUUCCUAACACAUGCAACGUGUCACUGCUGAAGCCCUCUGUCCUAGGACGUGAAUGGCUGAGUCAUUGUCAUUCUCUUCAGGCAAGUGUUGGAGCGGCUUGUCAUUCAGACCGAGGAGACAGUCCUUCACAUGUGCUGCUGAGCAGUGGAAUACCCCGAGAAUCUGCACGUGGCGCUGUGCGUUUGAGUGUUGGUCGGGAGACUUCGAGAGAAGAUGUAGAUGUGAUUGUUAUGGAUCUUGAACAAGCAGUUCAAAAACUGGAAUAUAAAGAGUCAAGUAAGGGAGAUCUGAAAACACAGGAACGGAACAGAGAUGGGGUGUGCUCACAGGUUAAAUAG